AUGGGCCAGCUCGGUGACCUCUCCCCUCAAGCGAGUAUUGCUGUUGGCAUCCUCGUUGGACUGCUCUCGACUUCGAUUCAGAGCCUGGGCUUGACGCUGCAAAGAAAGUCGCAUUUGCUUGAAGAUGACAAGGAGGAGUACGAGAUCAGGAGACCACCCUACAAGAGGAGAAGAUGGCAGCUUGGAAUGGGCAUGUUCGUGUUGUCGAACCUCGUUGGUAGCACCAUCCAGAUCACUACACUGCCUCUACCAGUUCUAUCAACCCUGCAAGCGUCGGGUCUCGUCUUCAAUACCGCUUUUGCCACACUUCUGCUAAAAGAGCCCUUCACUCGCUUCUCGUUCAUUGGCACAAUCUUGACCUGUACCGGUGCGGCACUGAUCGCAGUGUUUGGCGCCAUUGGCGAGCCUGCGCAUAGCUUGCCACAACUGCUAGAUCUUCUGGGGCGAAAGCAGUUUGUGGCGUGGAUGGUAGCGACCCUUUUCGUGGUGAUUGGCACCUUGAUCUUCACGCGCUUCCUCAAAUUUUGGUCAGAUCGAGUUCACGAGACCCAUUCACGUUCGAAGCAUGAACGGUCGCCUUCUGCUUCUCGAUCCAAAUCACGGCGGCGCUCUCUCUCCAUACCCACCCCGUACGCGGCGCAAGUGCGCACCUCGCGCCUUAGACUCCUGCGCGGCCUUGCCUAUGCUUUGAUCAGUGGCAUUCUAGCGGCACACUCGCUUCUUGUCGCCAAGUCAGCCGUCGAACUUCUGGUCAGGACCAUCAUCGACCAUGUCAAUCAAUUCAACUCCUACCAAUCGUGGUUGAUUCUGCUAGCACUUAUCUUCUUCGCUCUUUCUCAACUCUACUACCUCCACCAGGGCCUUCGACUUUGCAGCACUAGCGUUCUUUAUCCUUUCGUGUUUUGCAUCUAUAACAUCAUUGCUAUCCUCGAUGGUCUGAUCUACUUUCACCAGACAUCCCGCCUGUCAGUCCUCCACGCCUGCCUCAUCGCUCUUGGCACCGUGAUCCUCCUGUCCGGUGUCCUGGCACUUUCAUGGCGUCUGGAUGAUGUACCACCAAUGGCCAGUGAAGCACAACCGACCCCGCUUGGCCCUGGUUUAGGCUUGGUGUCCUCAAUGUCCGAAAACCCAAGUGAUUCUCCAUCCUCUCCUCUUCUACCUACAGCACGACCUCACAGUUCGACGUCUGCACACGCCAAUGAAUCAACACCCCUUCUCUCCAAUCGUCAUACAGGUGGCAGAAGAACCGCAUUCAUGAUCUAUCCACCUCCCCCAGAAACCAGCAAUCCGCAGUACAUCUGGGCCGAGCUUGACGAUUCCAACGAAUCAGAUAGAGACGUCCUCGCUUCAUUACCUAGAUCACUCUCACCGUUUCUAUCCUCCUCGGCUCUGAAAUCGCGACGACGGAGCCGAGGAACUAGUCUCUCGUCCACUGAUACCCCGAACAAUACUCCAUCUACAAACAUGUUGUGGAACCGAACUUCAAGCGACCGAAGCGAUACCAGAAAUCAGCAUGGCGGCGGUAGCCAAAGUCCCGAGCUGCGUCACAAACCACCGCGAAGAGCUCAGACGCUGAAAGAAAGAACCCAUGGCGAGAGGAGAAGGAGCAGUGCCCCUUCCACCACGGUGGUGGGCGACUCUUCCGGGGUGAGGUCCUCAUCAACGUCGUCGAAGACGAGAUCGCCUGGUGGGAGAUCUAGGACUUCGUUUGCUUCGCCUACUGCUGUCUCGAGCCAGGAGAAUCUGCGGGGUGGCGGCAGGACCGGCAGUCCCGCUCAGGGUCAGCGAGGCGCACACGGAUAUCGAGAUCGGGUACGGGGUAGACCUCGGGCAGCGACAGAUGCGUCGAGGGUAGUGCCCAGCCGGUGGGAUAUGAGCGGAAGGGUGGGCCGGUGGUGGCAGGGUCAAGCACAAGCACAAAUACAGAAUCGAGAAGAAGGUGAUGAGCGACCAGAAGAGCAUGAUGCAGCGCGAGGAGUCGCAGGAGGAGAAGGUGGUGUUGGUAGAGAAGAAGACGAUAGAAAGCCCAGUGGGGGCCUGAUCUGA